UGCUAUAUUUUCUUACAGUAAACAGAGCCAGCAUGUGCUCUGUCCUCAGAAGACCUCCAGAAUGCAUUUAACUCCGUAUUCGUGCAACACUGGCAGAAGCAGACCUGGUGGUUUAUGCGGCUGGUAGCUACGUGUGCAUCUGCAGGGCUGCCAGGGCAGGCAGGCUUCCACUUCUUUCACGAGAUUGGGACUCUCUACCACCACAGAGCAACACUCGCUUACAUGUGGAGCAUUUUAACCCAGGAAUGUUAAAAUACAGUCUUGGACACUCCAUGCUGCCCCGUCACAUGCAGAGGCUGGGCAGAGACUGGAUUGCCCACUUGAAUAGUUCUCAGGUAUUCACUUCGAAUGGCCCAGUUUCCACCUGCAUGAGAUGGGCCGGACAUUAUCCUCGGGCCUCGUUUCCUCUUCCUGUUCCAGUUGACUUCUCAGCAAACUGGAGGUUCCCUCCAUUUUUUGGACCUUGGAGGCAAUUUCAGAACUCCAAUUGGCAGCUUGAUAACUUUGCACAAAGUUCUUGUUUUCAUCUACCAAACCCCAGUAUGAAAUCUGAGGGAGAAGAGCCACUGACAAAGAAGAGAAGACUUAGUGGUCAGCAUGAUACUCCAACUCCUGAGGAAGAAGCAAACUUUGCUAAUCAGAAGGAAGCAUUGUGUCUUUCUGUAGCACAGAAUGAAAAAAGUGAUAGCAGCAAGAAAGGAACCAUCAAAAGGCACUGGGAAUAUUUCUGUCAGCACAGUAAAACAAUGAAGGUCUUUGAAAAUAAAGAAACUGACCAAAGCAAUAGAGAAUGUGAAGCAAAAUUUGAUUUUACAGUCAUGUCCUACAAUAUCCUCUCGCAGAAUUUGUUAGAAGAUAACUCCCACCUGUACAAACACUGCAGGCAACGCUUGUUAAUCUGGACGUACAGAUUUCCCAACAUUCUGCAAGAAAUCAAACAGCUGGAUGCGGAUGUACUUUGUUUACAAGAAGUCCAAGAAGACCACUAUAGAAAAGAGAUCAAGUCAAGUUUGGAAUCCCUGGGGUAUCACUGUGAGUAUAAAAUGAGGACUGGGAGAAAACCUGAUGGCUGUGCUAUAUGCUUCAAAACUUCCAAAUUUAGCCUGAUCUCAUCAAACCCCGUGGAAUUUUUUCGCCGUGAUAUUCCACUCUUGGACAGGGACAAUGUGGGACUGGUGUUGCUUUUGCAGCCUAAAUUUCAGUGUAAAACUAAUGCCGCCAUCUGUAUAGCCAAUACACAUCUGUUGUAUAACCCACGGAGAGGGGACAUCAAACUGACCCAGCUUGCAAUGCUCUUGGCAGAGAUUGCUAGUGUGGCCCCUCAGGAGGACGGUACCUUCUGUCCAAUUAUCAUCUGUGGUGACUUCAAUUCUGUUCCUGGUUCUCCACUGUACAGAUUUAUAAAGGAAGGAAAGUUAAAUUAUGAAGGACUUGCUAUAGGGAAGGUUUCUGGACAAGAACAGUUUCCAAGGGGACAAAGAAUCUUAUCUAUUCCAAUUUGGCCAAAAAAAUUAGGUAUUUCACAGAACUGUGUAUAUGAGAUAAAACAGCAACAAAAAGAAGAAAAUGCAGGAGAAAAAAUGGAAGAAGCAAAAUUGAACAAUACCAAGGAGAUUGUAAGAGCAUCUGAAAAGUUGUCUUCAAAAUUGCAGCACCAUUUUAAGUUGUCUUCAGUGUAUUCUCACUACUUCCCUGAAACUGGGAUGCCAGAAGUAACAACUUGUCACUCCCGAAGUGCAGUCACAGUGGAUUAUAUUUUCUAUUCUGCAGCAAAUGAUGAUGAUGCUACCCAGCCAGGAGCAGUGGAUUCUUUUCAUGGAGGUCUGAAGCUUCUUGGUAGGCUGGCACUUCUAACAGAGAAAGAUCUCUGGACUGUUAAUGGUCUGCCCAAUGAAAAUAACUCUUCUGACCAUCUGCCAUUGCUAGCAGAGUUCAGGCUUAUUGAGCGGUAAUAACCAAAGGAAUUUUCAUGUAGCUAAAGUUACCUUCACCUUCUCCCUUCAUGUGAUUUUUAUUUUUAAGGGUUAAUUCAAGCACUGCUGGUCCGGUUUAAACAGGUUUGCAUGCGUGCUGAUUUGUUAGUGUUGUGUAAAGUAGACUUUUUAAAGAGACUUUUUUUUAAACAUAUAAAUGACUUUAUGAAGUCUUUGAGGCAAAAAAAAGUUUACAUUAGCUUCCUCUUUGAUAAUGGAAAACAUCUGUGCCAGUCUUAAAAUGGCAUUAUUUUUCACAGAGAUAGUGUAAAUGGUUUUUAUUGUAAAUAUUAGUAAAAUUGAUUAUUCUC